AGGUACAAAUCAACAUCUUCCAAGUUCCUAGAUAGAAAACCAAAAAUCGAGUGCUGUGAUACACACCAAACCUGUGAUAAAACAUAAACUAAUCUACUCUUCUUCGCCAACAAAAUGUCUUCCUGUCACCAACAAUGACCAAUAACCAACACGUGAUGCUGAACGGCGUGUGCGUCACUGAUGGGGGAAAUGCGGGGGCUUCGGAGCAGUUCGAGAAGCUAUUAGGUAGCAGAUGUCAGACUGCCCCUACCCUUCCUGCACUUUUACCCGUAAAAGAGAUCUGCGGCCAGAAGUUAGAUAAAAGAAGAAGAUCUGAUAACAGUUUAUUGGGUUCGUUCUAUAGGCUUAGAAAUUCAAUUACGUCUGGAAGUAAAGAUGCUCCAAAUCAAAUCAACAGAAUCAACAGGUAAGGUUUUUGUUUCUGUAAAAUUGAGGUGUUUUUCCAUUUUUUAUGCAUUACCGUCUUUACAUUGGGAAUGGGUCCUAUGUACAAACCCAUCGGUCUUGUCCAGAGAGCGAGGUCACGUUAGCAGUGCGAUAAAGGGUAGGGAGAAAGUCGGUUGGGAAGGUCGCUUGUAUAAAGAAGAAAAAGUAUUGGCCCUAGCACAGAUCCUUGUGGAACUCCACUAGUAACACGAUGGCUAGAAGAAUAGGCGUCUCCAACACGG